AUGGUUAGAAUAAAUAUAGAAGCCAAGUCUAAUGCUGGAUCCAUGGAUCUCCCUUAUUUGAGGGAACACGGCCGGUUAGACGCGAGGUUCGCGUCUGCAGGUGGUGGGGAGGGGGCAAAUCGCGAACCAAAAGAGACCUUGUACCUGCUCUGGGACGCAGAAGAAUUCAGCGAAGGACUUGUUUCUGCUGUGCCAGGAUGGGCUCAUAAUGCUUUUUUAUCCCACACGUCGGUCCAGCCAAAAGCCAGCAAUCAAGUGACUGGGAAGUACAACAGAGGCGGUUUGGAGUCGCCUCCGUUGCACCUCAAAUCGAACAAGUCAGUAUUAGUCAACGAAUAA